CAGGCAAUCGCAGUUUGGCCGUUGCCCUCGUUAUGCAGAGGUGUGUCUCCUGGCAGACCCGGGGAAGAGACUUAACGAGUCACCGUGACUCAGGAAAGCCGAGGGUGGUGCGAGCACACGGCCACGAGAUGAUAAGGUGAAGCAGCACGGCUGUGUAAAUACCCUCGGAGGAUCACACGCGUUUCCUGCAGGAACAUUGGGUCCACGGUGCCUGGUCGCUGAAGCAGGGCAGAGGCUGGCGCGUGGAUGGUACAGCGCCAUGCACGCCAUGCUGGGAAGGGCUCUGGGUGGCAAGGCUCUUGUCACCGGCCUGCGGAGGACGAGCACGGUCCGGGACUGUCCACGCAUCAAGGAGGCGCCGAGGGCACCCCAGACAAGAAGACCAUUUUGUGACAUUGCAAAGGAUGGGAAGGGCGCUCCCCUCCAGACCGCUGCUCCAGGUCACAACGCCUUGAGAAACGAACAGCAGCCUACAGGACUCGAGAAAAAGUCCCUGAUAUGGGCAGGGCGGUUUGAGAAAGAGGAGGACAUCCCAGAGUUCGUGUCGUCUGAGGCCAUCAAAGCAUCCCAGGACACAGUGAGGAUAAGGGCGUCGUACGUCCUGAUGGCACUGAUGCUGCUGUUCAGCUUGGCCCUGGCCAUCUCUGGCAAACUUGCUGCCAAAAAGGAUGCCACGCUGGUGAGGAAGGCCAGGUGGAAGGAGGAAGCAGAGAGAGACCAGGAGGCGGCGGUGGCCAAGGCCGAGUGACCCAGAGCGGACGGACAGGACCGGGGCACUUUGAGCUCUCAGGAGCUUCGUGGCCAUAACUCUGCCAGGGCGAAGAUUUCACUGCUUCCCAACGACUUGUUUCGGGAUCCCAAAACGCGAGUGGCAACACCCGGGAUCUCUGUGCCGGCAGCUUCCCUCCGGGCUUUUCGACUGCUCCCUUUGAGAGGCCCAGGAAUCAACCCGUUCUCUUCUAAGCCAAACAGCAGGGGAAGGAUGAUGUGGCAUUAGGGCAGCCUGGGGGCGGUCAGAUCUUUGCUCUGCCACUGACUCUCUAGGUGGCCACAGUCACGUCACUUAAUGAUGUGUCAAGCCCCAUGUCUGACCUCCAGCCUGCGUGACCACAUCCCCACGGGCGGCUGAGCCCAGACCGUCGCCCCAGCUGUCGCGGCACAGAGACUUGACCACCUCCGCCCCUGCUAAAGACCUCCAGGCAGACACCCUGGAAGGACCAGCAGAGACACGGCCGCCGUGGACGGCUUGGCACCCCCACCGCCGUGCAAUAACCUUUGUCUCCGGGUACCUGCACUUUAUGCACAGAGUCAUCACCAUGGCAGCGUCGCUUGUCCUGUGGCGCUGUGGCUUUGCUCUCGUUAUCAUUAUUGUUUUUAAAUUCCGGUCGUUAUCUCCCGGUUCCCACACGAGCUCCGUCGGCUGCGAUUCUGAGCCAGCGAUGAACUGCCGCUGCAUUGUUUUUGCUAAAAUUGUAUUAUUAGUGGGGUUUUUAUUUAUUUUUUUUAAAUCCUCAUAGUUCAUGAAUUCAUCAUCAAACAGCUGCUUGGCUACAUGGAAAAUAAAUGCAUCUUCUCACAGCUUCA